UACUUAUGGGUAUUGUUAUUGUUCCUAUAUUUCUCCGGCACCGGCAAUUGAACUCUACUGCAAAUUUGCCACCCUUGUUUUGGAUUCAGAGGGUUUUGAUUUAUUCAACGACUUCGACGUCCACCGGAAAAGGCCAGACUUGUGUUCUUCUCGCUCUUUGUUGCUUUCUUUCUUGUGGGUGUCUUCGGAGACUGGUUCUUUGCAGGGAAUGAGCUUUCCGCAGAAGAUGAUGUUUUUGAUGAAAAA